UAAGCACCAUAUAAACAGAGUGAUGAAAAUUCAAAUUUCAUGUCGAAAUCCACAAGUCGAAACAAGGCAGAAAAGGGAAAGAACGUCAAUCUAUCUUCCAUCGUUCAAGACGUGAUCCCCGGGAAAGCUUCAGAAUCAGAGUGGUUUGCAUUAAAUUAUUCAUUAUCUGUUCAGGAAUGAGCUGAUUGAAGAUGAUUUUGCAGAAAAGACAUGCCAUGAUAUCGUCAACGAUAUAGUUAAUGAAUCACUCAGUGCUAUAUUCCAGAUAUAUUUAAAGAAUCAAUUAAUACCAUUUGCAGUUUAUCAAGCAUCACUGUGCCUCAUGCAAUACAUUGACUUGGAGUUCAUGUCCUGCGAUCAAGGAGAGCCUCAUAUUAAUCUUAAUCCAGAGUGGUUAGAAGAUGAACUUGCUGAAUCAAGUAGAAUAGAUUCAUGGGCUCAAGGAGCGAUUUCCAAGACUUCUUAUGCAAAGAUUUCAGACAAUCUACAAUCUCAAAAAAAUCAUCGGGUUUUACAAGGGCUUCAAACUAGUCUUAUUUGCAAAAAUGAAGAUGUUAGCAAAAAUAAAGCUAUCCGUAAGGAAUAUACCGUUGACAUGUCUCAUAGUGAAAAUCUCCACCAAAUAUCUAUUCGACAGAAGAAGCCUCAAAAACUGAAAAACAAUUUAAAAAAAGAUCACACCCGUAUACCCACCGAACAAGGAGAUUCUUUCCCUCAACUAACUAAACAGUUGAAAGAUUCUACAUUGAAAUCGUCUAUAGAAAAUUUAUCAAUGGAAAAUAUAUCAGUUAAAAAAGACAAUACCAGUACAGAAUAUAGUCUAACUAAAAAGAAACCAAUGAAGCCACUCAUGAAACCACUGCCUGAAACUAUGCUACAAAACAAACGUAUAAAUGGAUCUGGAAAACUGGUUUUCGACGAUGAAGGAAAUCUAAUAAGUGUGCCUAAAUUAUAUCCAGUCAAUAAUAAGCAAGAUGAGUCAUUCACGACUGAUUCACACUCAAAUGGAACUGAUAAUAAUAUUUUGGGAAAUAAAAUUCCAAUUCAAUGGCGUUUUGUAUCGGAGUCAUACUGUAACAGUACAAAUAACAAUCAGUUUGGCAAUAAAAUGAAUGGUAAAGUAAGAACAACCAGAUCGUCCAUAUCGAAUUCUUCAAAUAAAUUGAGAACAAGAAAUCGUAGUUUAGAUUUAACUGAUGCCACAAUUACACCUGAUGCAAUACGUUUACAAAAAAUUAAGAAUGCAUGUAUCAAUUUACCAAAUACCAUUGAUCUGGUUGAUUUAGUGGCUGGAGUGACAAUAUCUGAUGGGGAACAUUUAAAAAUUGGUCAGUUAACGAAUGAACAGUUCACAUCUAUUCUGAAUACAAACUGGAAUAAUCUUGAUGAAAUUCCACCAGUCAAAGCAAAUUAAACUGAUUAACCUUAAUGAUACAUAACUCAAUGUGUUAAUUUACAUGAAUAAUUUACAUUUAAAACAAAAAUUGUGUCUUUCUUUUUUACAUAAAACUGUAUUUGUAAACAAAAGAUACUUAUCAAUACACUUUGAUAUAUUC